GGUCGGAUGCUGGAAGUCCUCGCCGACCAGCGAGCGCGUGACGGCGGCGAGAGCAAAGGGAGAAGGGACGCCGCGCGGAGGGAGGGGAGGAAGGAAGGAAGGAGAAAGGCACAGAGGAGCGUUUUAGGACCAAAUCGGGACACAUGUUGAGCUGAGAGCCCGCUCCACCUCCACCUCCACCUCCCCCUCUUCUCCUCCCAGAUGCGUUUGUUGCCUCAGCCGCUUUCCCGUUACUAAUUACUCCGCGGUCGGAUUUAAAGGCAGCGGAUCUCCUCUCCGGCUCCGACCGCCCGACCGGAUCCGGCAUCAUGGAUCUGAGCAAAAUAGCUGUCAGCAUCAAUAAGGCCAUCAACACACAGGAGGUCGCUGUCAAAGAGAAGCAUGCCAGGACUUGCAUCUUGGGGACCCAUCAUGAGAAAGGCGCCCACACCUUCUGGGCCGCAGUCAACAGACUCCCUCUGUCCAGCAACGCCGUGCUCUGCUGGAAGUUCUGCCACGUCUUCCACAAGCUGCUGCGAGACGGACACCCAAACGUGAUAAAGGACUCCAUGAGGAACAAAGCAGAUUUAACGGACAUGAGCAGGAUGUGGGGUCACCUCAGUGAAGGCUAUGGGAAGCUGUGCAGCAUCUACCUCAAACUGCUCAUCACCAAAAUGGAGUUUCACAUCAAAAACCCCCGUUUUCCUGGGAACCUUCAGAUGUCCAACAGACAGCUUGACGAGGCGGGAGAGAACGACGUUAACAACUUCUUCCAGUUGACGGUGGAGAUGUUCGAUUACCUGGAGUGUGAGCUCAACCUCUUCCUGGGUGUGUUCAGCUCUCUUGACAUGUCCCGGUCGGUUUCGGUGACCGCCGCCGGUCAGUGCCGUCUGGCCCCGCUCAUCCAAGUCAUCCUGGACUGCAGCCACCUGUACGACUACACCGUCAAGCUUCUGUUUAAGCUGCACUCAUGCCUUCCAGCUGACACUCUGCAGGGCCACAGAGAUCGCUUCCAGGAACAGUUUAAAAAGCUAAAGAGUCUGUUCUAUCGCUCCAGUAACUUGCAGUAUUUCAAGAGGCUGAUUCAAAUCCCGCAGUUGCCUGAGAACCCACCAAACUUCCUGCGUGCGUCGGCCCUGUCGGAACACAUCAGCCCCGUGGUCGUGAUCCCCGCCGAGUCGUCGUCCCCCGAGUCGGAGCACGUGGUGGAAACCGACGACCUGGUGGACAUGGACGUCCCAGUCCUGCCGCCUCCAGUGGAAACCAAGUUUGAUGACCUGUUUGGCACCUCAGCGGCCAUCGACCCGUUCAACUUCAACAGCCAGAACGGCAUGCGCAAGGACGACAAAGACCGUCUGAUCGAGCAGCUGACGAGGGAGAUCCAGGCCCUCAAAGAAGAGCUGGAGUCCUUCAGGCUGGAGAGCGACCGGCUGCGUCAGGCGCUGAGCGGGCGAAUCAGCGAGCUGGAGGCGGAGCUCGCAGAGCAGAGCCACCUGAGGCUGCAGGCCGCCGGAGAGAGCGAGUUCCUGAAGGCCGAGCUGGACGACCUGCGGCGGGUCCGAGAGGACACGGAGAAGGAGCAGCGGAGCCUGACGGAGAUCGAGAGAAAAGCUCAGGCCAAUGAGCAGCGCUACACCAAGCUCAAAGAGAAGUACACCGAGCUGGUUCAGAGUCAUGCAGACUUAUUAAGGAAGAACGCUGAGGUGACCCGGCAGAUGACGGUGGCCCGGGCGGCGCAGGACGAGGUGGAGGUGGUGAGGAGGGAGAUGCAGGAGAAGGUGAAGGCUGCCCAGGACGCUGCGGACAGGCAGGAGAAGGAGCAGCUCGAUCAGCUCCAGGAGCUGCAGAGGGAGCUGCUGUCCAGCCGGGCGGAGCUGGACUCCCUGAAGUCCACCGUGUCCUCGUCUCAAGAGGCUUCUGCUGAGGUGCUCAGCGGUCAGGUCGCCACCCUGGAGUCUGAGAAAGCCGAGCUGGCUCAGACGCUGUCGAAGGUGGAGGCGGAGCUGGUGGUCCGGGGGGAGGAGCUCGAGAGAGUCCAGAGCUCCCUGGCCGCCGAGAGAGAGACGGGGGUGAAGGCGGCAGAGAGCCUGCAGAAUCAGCUCAAUGAGAAGGCGAGCAGGGAGCAGGCCCUGGAGAGCCAGCUGGUGGCGGCCCGCUGGUCCAGCCUGCAGGGAGCCGUCGAGGAGGCCGAGAAGAUCAUCCAGGACUCGCUGGCUCAGAUCGACGACCCGGCGCACAUCAGCUGCACCAGCUCCGCCGAUUACCUUGCAUCAAGAUGUCAAGCCUCGUUGGACUGUAUGGACCGGUUACAGUCUGCCAAAGACGCCUUCUUGGCAGACGACACAGGCGUGUCUGAGCUGGUACGAGCGGUGACCCAGUGUGGCCACCUGGUGGGCGACACCAUCGUUCAGGGGAGUGCCACCUCCCACAUGGUGCCUGUGGAGCAAGCCGACGCCCUGUCAGAGAGUGUGAAGACGUGCGGGGCUGAAGCGCUGGCUCUGCUGGGACACAUGAAGCACAGAGACGGCCUUCCUGCAGCAGACCACGGCAAACUGAAGGCGGCGCUCGAGGCCGUCCUGGCCACCGCAGAGAAACUGCGUCCCCGGGGUUUGGAGCUGCAGCAGGGCGAGCUGGGAGACCUGGUGGAGCAGGAAAUGGCCGCCACAUCCGCCGCUGUGGAGUCGGCGGCUGCCAGGAUCGAGGAAAUGCUCAACAAGUCCCGGGCCGUCGAUACGGGGAUCAAGAUGGAGGUCAACGAGAGGAUUCUGGGUUCCUGCACGGAGCUGAUGCAGGCCAUCAAGAUGCUGAUUCUGUCUUCCAAAGACUUGCAAAGGGAGAUUGUGGAGAGUGGCAGGGGGGCAGCCUCGAUGAAGGAAUUUUAUGCCAAGAACUCGCGCUGGACUGAGGGCCUGAUCUCUGCCUCCAAGGCGGUGGGAUGGGGAGCCACGGUGAUGGUGGAUGCCGCUGACAUGGUGGUGCAGGGCAAAGGGAAGUUCGAGGAGCUGAUGGUGUGUUCCCACGAGAUCGCCGCCAGCACCGCGCAGCUGGUGGCUGCUUCCAAGGUGAAGGCGGACAAAGACAGCGCCAACCUGCAUCGCCUGCAGCAGGCGUCCCGCGGCGUCACACAAGCCACGGCGACCGUCGUGGCCUCCACCAAGUCCGGGAAGUCCCAGAUCGAAGACAGAGACACGAUGGACUUCUCCAGCAUGACUCUCACACAGAUCAAACGACAGGAGAUGGACGCCCAGGUCCUGGUUCUGGAGCUGGAGACUCGUCUGCAGAAGGAGCGAGAGCGACUGGGCGAGCUGAGGAAGAAGCACUACGAGCUGGCCGGCGUGGCGGAAGGCUGGGGCGAGGAAGAGGAGGGCACGGGGUGAGACCUGGCGCCGCCGUCAGCCCCUCCUCCUCCUCCUCAACAGAAGAGCGACCAGCUUCUGUCUGCCUCUUUCCUAUUUAUAGACUCACUUUUCAGUCUCUCUCUCCCUCCUUUUGUUUUCUUUUUGUUUCUACGUUUAUCUCAAAGCCAAAUGAAAAGGUGCUUCUUUUCUAGACCCGCUUCUCCACCCGAGUCCAUAAGCUUCCAUAAAGGGCGGGGCGAUCAUCGGCACCGGGGCGAGGAACGGACACGGAAAUGGGGAGGGGUCAAAACCCCGGCGUCACGGCGCCGAACGAAGAGCAGCGUCCAAGUCUGUCUGUUCCACCCGAUAUUUAUUAUCCAUCCUCCGCCCCAUUCGUAACAAAACGCCGCUCCGCCGAGGAGCCGCAGCAAGCACAGGGUCUGCCCAAGACAUCCCAGGAUGCACUGCACAAGGGCCAAACUCGGCCGCCGGCGCCGCCCCGCAGUCACGUCGACGGCAGCGGAAACCAGUGUCUGCGGCGCGAGGCGAGCCGCUCGGUGCGUCGGCGCCGUUCUCACCUUAGUUUCUUCCUCUUCUUUUUCUCACUGUGAGUUUUCACCACGUUAAGUCCACGCCGCCGCCGCAUCGCCAGCCGGCUCUCUGGACUUUCUGCCUUUCACCUCCUCAUCAUUGUAACGACCGUGACUGUUAACUUAAACACCCCCUUCACCUGGUUUUUGGAUUUUAUUCAGCAAACACUCGGAAACUCUUAAAUCGACCCCGAAGUGUCACAAGUUCUCAGAACGGGACAGUAGCACAAGAAACGGCUGCGGCAUCAUGGGAAAGCUCGACGAGCUCGGUCAAGAAGGGAUUCAGUUUUGAGAUUUUUUUUUUUUUUUUUUAUUUGAAGCCUAUUAGGAAACAAGGGGAGCAAGAAGCCACCCUCAGUUUGUUUUUAAAAAUCUAGAAAUAAGCUACAACCUGCUGCGUUUCAUGUUCAUUAAUACAAAUUUGACAUUUUUAAUUUCCGGCCUUGUUUAAUAAAGCGGACGAGCCUUGGUUUGAUGUAUUUGUUUGGCAGGUGGAUCCAGAGCCAGAUGCUUUUUAACCUGUUAAUACUGUUGUUUUCGGUCGGAGAGCGAGCGUCGCUGUGACCGGGACAGGGUCACGACUUGGCGAGCAGGAUCACUGAAAGGGAAAUGCGGAUUUAUCUCUGAUAAAUGUGCAGAAGAACAAAACUUUGCAGAGGCCUCCAGGAAAUUUGAAUCUCAUCAAAAAGUCACUUUUUUUUUCUUUCUUUUUCCUUUUAAAAUGUUGGCCUUUGUAAGAUAUUUCAUGACUCUGCUUUUCUAAUUUUCACUUUAAUAACUCAAAGCUUCACAAUUUGAUUUUUUUGCGGAAAGUUUUCGAUGGUAUUCAGUUUUUUUUUUUUAGACGCAGCCUGACUGGACUGCAGGAUUUCACGGUUUCGUGACCCGCCGGCUUCGGACUGACUGCAUUCUGGAAUCCUCGGACCGCGGCGGACUCCGUGCACAGCGUCUCUCAUGGCUUCCUCAAGACCAAGUCGCUGUGUAUAUAUAAACUUACAAGCCUUUUUAAAAUCGAUGGAAAUAUUCUUGUGCUUUUUCUUUCUAAUCUCAAAGCAUCUCAUUUUGCCUCUCGACAAAGUACAAAUUCAGUUUAAUUGAAUUGAGAUUCCAAAAUGGUGCGGAUAACUAAUAUAAGUCUUUGCUUUUUGUAAGCGGAUGUUAUUUAACGGCGUUUUCCGGGAUGAGUUGCUGCCGGCGGACCCGGUCAGAGGACUCCAUGAUGCCUUCCGUGGGAACAGUGAGACAAGUCAGGCACUCAUUUUCAAACCCCACACACACCUUCUUACCUUCUGUGUUUGAUUGAUGGUCUCUCUCUCUCUCUCUCUCUCUCUCUCUCUCUUUCUCCGUGUCUUAACAUCGUUUCGAUGCUCUGCUUCAGCUGUGUGUCUCUAAAAAGUUGUGACACUGGGUAGUUCGUCGUAUCGGACGUCGGUCAAAUAGUACUUGCUGAUGAGUCAGAGGGAUUUAAACCAGGGAGAUGUUUCUUUCAACAAAUACUAAACCACCUGUUUUCUGCUUUAGUAAAAACCAGCAAGUAUUAUCUGACUGCACGUCUUUGUGUUUGAUUUCUAGCUGUGGUCCGUCACUUCUUCCACAUGUGGCCAAACUGGUUUCAUUUAGAAAUUAGGGAAAAAAAAACGAUUUUUUUUUUUUUAGGAAGGAAACACUCAGUCCCAUUAUGGUAUUUCAAGUGUCUUGAGAGAUGAGAUGAACGCACCUGGAGUGAUGUUUGGUUUUUCUCUUUAUUAACCUCCCGCCUGUCCGUCUGUGUCUCUGGGGUUCGUGUCUGUCGUCCUACCAGCUCAGCCAGCCUUUCAAACUGCCUCACACUGUAGUCAGAGAGAAACAAAUAACUCACAUAGCAACAUUGAAAUAUGUCUCUGUAUGAUAUACUAAAACUAUGUUGGUGGGUUUGUUUUUAUUUUUCCAGUUUCUAAAAAUAAAUAUUUGAACUCAUUAAUUACAGAAUCGAG